UUCAUUAUUACCACAUUUCAGGCUCGGGUAGAGAGGACAGAUAUAGUAUUUUAGUAGCAGAGGCCUUGGCGGGUCGGUAAUGGUCAUGGCUUUCCAGGCCCCGCGGAGCAAUCCCUCUUUCCCCCCCCAACAACAACCAUUCGAGAACAAUUACUGGCGUGCGAGUCGAAGUCCCAGGUCUAAUGGGUUGCCUGGCUAUGGGUUUUCUCCGUCUGCGACCACUACCAUCAACCUGAACACUCCGAUCGCCGGCGAUCGCACCCUCCCGAUGUAUAAAGACAAGCCGUAUUUCGCCCCGCGGCGCACAGGGCCCCGGACGAGGCGAAGGAAGACCAUAUAUGGUGGCUUGUGUCUAUUUGCGCUUUUUUUGUGGUGGUACUACUCCGGUUCAAUCCCGUCGCAGUCGAGGAUUCACCAUGACACUCCCGACCCGGCCAAGGGCGAAGAGUUUUGGAAAUGGCUGCAGACCCUCGACGACUCCGAACCGACAUACGAUGGGCACAGCGCAACCUCGAAGCACAUUGACUGGGACACGAGGCGGGAGAGGGUUCGCGACGCGUUCAUUGUUAGCUGGGAUGGGUAUGAGAGCAAUGCCUGGGGCUACGACGAGUAUCACCCGAUUGCAAAGGAUGGCCGGCAUAUGGUCGCCGGGGGUAUGGGGUGGAUAAUCGUGGAUGCGCUGGACACGUUGAUGAUUAUGAAUUUGACAUCGCGGGUGCAGCACGCCCGCAGCUGGAUCCACAACUCCCUGCAGUAUAAUCAAAAUCAUGAUGUGAACACCUUCGAAACCACCAUCCGUAUGCUCGGGGGCCUUCUUUCCGCCCAUUAUCUCUCGACUACUUACCCGGACCUUGCCCCCAUCAAUGACGACGAUGCAGGAGCACCGGGAGAGGAUCUCUAUAUCGAGAAAGCGACCGAUCUGGCUGACCGGCUUUUGGGCGCUUUCGAAUCUACUACGGGCAUCCCUUACUCGAGCAUCAAUUUGAAUACCUCCACGGGUAUUCCCUCUUAUAUCGACGAUGGCGCAGCCUCCACGGCCGAAGCGACUACUGUUCAGCUAGAGUUCAAGUACCUGGCUAAAUUGACGGGCGAGGCGGAGUAUUGGCGCUCCGUUGAGAAGGUCAUGGAAGUCAUUGACGCGCAGAAAAGGCAGGAUGGCCUGCUUCCAAUCUAUGUUUCCCCAGAAACUGGUCAAUUCAAGGGCGAGAAUAUUCGUCUCGGUAGCAGAGGCGACUCCUACUACGAAUAUCUUAUCAAGCAGUACCUACAGACUUCGGAACAGGAGCCAAUCUACAAGGAAAUGUGGGAUGAAGCUUUACUCGGCAUGCGGAAGCACCUGCUUACUUACUCGCAAGACGCCCGCUUGACAGUGCUCGGUGAACGGCCUCACGGCCUGGGCGGCACCUUGUCACCUAAAAUGGACCAUUUGGUUUGCUUCCUUCCCGGAACGAUCGCGCUUGGAGCGACCGGAGGACAACCGCUCUCUGAGGCGCGCAAGUCUCCCAACUGGGGCCAACGACAAGAGGAAGAAAUGCGCCUGGCGCGAGAACUGACCAAGACCUGCUGGGCCACGUACCUAGUUACUGAGACUGGCCUCGCCCCGGAAAUCACCUACUUCAAAGUCGACGAUCCCCGAGUCAUGGAAGCAGACAUGUACCCGGAUUCGACGGCCGUCACUGGCCGAAACGACCAGCAAGUCUCGUCACCAGGCGAUCUCCCUCUCCUUUCGAAGCCUCUAUACCCGAUCCCGACCCGAUCUGAUUCGAGCGGCACAUCUACGAAAACCUGGCUUGAUGACCUUGAAAUCCAGCGGAUGGACCGGCAUAACCUCCAACGGCCCGAGACUGUGGAAUCCCUCUUUUACAUGUACCGUAUCACUGGAGAUGACACCUACCGACACUGGGGCUGGGAGAUGUUCAAGUCCUUCAUCAAAUACACCGCUGUCGUGGAGACAGACAACCUCGAUGAGGAAACAGGAGGGAACCCACCGGCCGCUGAAGGAUCGGGUGGCCGCAUCACUGGGUUCACCUCUCUCUCGAAUGCGAAGACCCUUCCCGUUGCGACCAGGGACAAUAUGGAGAGUUUUUGGAUGGCGGAGACGCUCAAGUAUUUCUACCUGCUGUUCUCCGAUCGGGAUUUCAUCUCGUUGGAGGACAAUGUGUUCAACACCGAGGCGCACCCCUUUCCUCGUUUCAAGCCCACCGGGGAGUUGAAGACGGGGUGGACGAGGAAGAGUCGCACGGAGGAUAGUCAGACCAUGGAGCAUCUAGCUCAGAUGUAAUUAUUUUUUCUACUUGUUGUGUAAUCUGCUUGGCAAUUCUGUAUAGGUUGCAUAUCCAAAAUUCCAUACUUUCGACCGCUUGCAUCGUAGCUUCGAA